AUGCAUUGCUUACGCUACCUUAUUCCGUUUGUUCUCUUUGCUGUUGUUAACGCCGACAAAAAUGAUGAUGGCCAGCCGACUCGUCUUCGUAUGCCCCCGGUGUUGAGACCUCCAUUCCCCCUCGGCCCAAUGCCCCGCCCGUUUCCCGCUCCAGGGGGGUUUUCUACGAGUAAUAAUGCUGAGCCAGACGACCAAGGGGCCCCUCUUGCAGCCUGCGGGCCUUACGCUGGCUCCUGUCCUGAGGGCCUGUGUUGUUCGUCCUCGGGAUAUUGUGGGAAGGGGCCCAUGUACUGUGCUGCCCCGGACUGUUUGUUUGAGUAUGGCAGUGGUUGUGAUGUUCACAAGACGCCCAGCGGAGAAGAUACAUCCGAUGUACCUCGCGAUAAGGUCGGGGAUGUCCCCUACGGCGAAGCAGCCAUUUAUGACUGUACUGUUCCAAACACCAUUGCCUUGACAUACGAUGAUGGGCCGUACAUCUACACCAGAGACCUGCUUGAUAUUCUCGACUCGUUUAACGCUAAGGCCACUUUUUUUAUUACUGGGAUCAAUUCAAACAAAGGUGCAAUAGAUGACCCCAACUACCCUUGGGCCGACUUAAUUCGCCGGAUGUAUAAUAGCGGCCAUCAAAUUGCCAGCCAUACAUGGUCUCAUCAGAAUCUUGAUCAGAUUUCUGCUUCUCAUAGGAAACAGCAGCUGAUAAAAAACGAGAUGGCCUUCCGGAAUAUCAUGGGUGGCUUUCCAACCUACAUGCGACCACCAUACUCGAGUUGCUCUGCUGCAUCUGGAUGUUUAGGAGACAUGGGUGACCUGGGUUAUCAUGUUACUUACUUCAACCUUGAUACCGACGAUUACAACAACGAUGCUCCAGAUAUGAUUCAACGCUCAAAGGACAUAUUUGACUCCUAUAUAACACAAGAAGGGCGCCCUCUCCUUGAAAUUGGCCACGAUGUUCACGAACAGACGGUUUAUAACCUUACAAUCCAUAUGCUUCGUCGUCUUGAAGGUAGUGGAUAUCGCACAGUUACGCUUGGAGAAUGCCUAGGAGACCCCCCCGCCAAUUGGUAUCGAUGGACUUCCCGCCCUGAUGACCAAAGCCCUGGAGGAAAGCCACAAAAGGGCGGCAAAAAAUUCAAGCCGGUCAAGCCUCCAUCCCCUGACGGAACUUGCGGCACCAGCUUCACUUGCACUGGCUCCACUUUUGGCCGCUGCUGCAGUGCCUUAGGUUUAUGCGGAAACAGGGCUCUUCAUUGUGGAAAAGGCUGCCAGAAGAUUGGAGGCGUUUGCUCUGGAGACCAUUCCGACACCAACAAAGACACUCAACUGGGCAAAGAAAAUAAUAAGGGGUCCAAGGGAAAGGCUGACCAUUUUCCUAAACACAAGGUUAGCCAGGAAGCUGAAGAUAAUGAAGAAAAAUCGAAAAACAUUGAAGACACUAAGAACAAGAAGGACGGGAAUGAAAAGAAAGACUCAAAUGAAGGACCGGCUGGGAGCGACGAGGGCCAGAAGACCGACGCUGAACAGCUUCCAGCUGACGAAAGCGACCAUGAAGAGUAA